CCACCAGGGGACACGGGAGGCCCUCGGCAGCCCCGGUGCUCCGUGCCUUGGUGGCAAGAGGUGGCUGUGGCAGGGUGUCCCCUGUGGGAUCCCCCCAGGAGGGCCCUCCCGUCCUGGGCAGCCCCUGCUGCCUCUGUCAAUCAACCCUGGCCCCAUUCCCAGCGCUGGCGAAGAUGGAGGUGCCCGAGCUGCUCCGGCUCUGGGUGCUGGCAGCCAUGGCCCUGGGGGUGUCCCAGGCCACCCUCCCUGACCACCACGUCCUCCCUGACCACCGCAUCUCCUCCGAGACUGGAACUAUCUUCGUUCAUGAGCUGGAGCGGGAGCUGUUCCAGGAGGCCUCUCCCACCGGGAGUGAGGAUGAUGAUGCCCCCAUCACCUUCCAAGCCCACCUGCGGGACCACCCGGACCUGCCGCGGUGGCUGCGGUACCUCCAGCGGGACCCCUGCCAGCCCGGCUACCUGUAUGGCUGCCCCACGGCCAGCGAGGUGGGCACCCACACCAUCGAGGUGCUGGCCUACAACCGCCGCACCUACGCCACGGUGUCCCAGCGCCUCGUCAUCACCGUCAUCCCCGCCCCAGGUGAGGGCUGGGCACCCCCAAGUUGCACCAGGAUACCCCCCAGGAUGGGCCAGGGGUUUCCCCAUGGGUGCUGCGUGUUGCCCCACAGGUGGGGAGCCCCCAUACCAGGGCGAGUUCCUGGUGGGGAACAGGAAUGUGGAGGAGCUGCUGCCAGAGGCCGCACGGGAGAUGUUCCUGCAGGGCUCGGCCGGAGUCUGGGAGCGCGGAGACCUCCAGGUCAUCAACGUCACCUCCGCCCUGGACCGGGGCGGCCGCGUCCCACUGCCCAUCGAGGGGCGCAAGGAGGGGGUGUACGUGAAGGUGGGCUCCCACAGCCCCUUCUCCCCGUGCCUGGAGUCGGCCGUGUCCCCCCAGAGCCGCUUCCGCUGCAGCCUGGGCCAGCAGCCCCUCGCCUCCUGCUACGACACCUUUGCCCCCCACUUCUCCAUCCGCUGGUGCAACCUCACCCUGCUGCGGGUCUGGCCCAGCCCCACGACUCCGGGGCCGGUUUGGGGGUCCGGGGUGCUGGAGGAGGAUGGGGAUUUCCAGCCCCCCACCGAGGUGCCCCCCCAGGACCUGCUGCCGGGGUUCCUGGUGACGCUGCUGGUGCCACUGGUGGUGGCUGCGCUGCUCUGUCUGCUCCUGGGCCACCUCAUGUGCUGCCGCAGGGAGGGAGUGUGAGUCGGGGGGCACGCUCAGGGCAAAAACGGGACUUGCAGACGUCUGACAUCCAGCUGGUCCACCACACCACCAUCCACGGGGACACGGAGGAGCUGCGGCACAUGGCUGGGAGCCGGGAUGUGAUCCGGGAUGUGCCCCGGCCCCUUUCCACGCUGCCCAUGUUCAACGUCCGCACGGGCCAGCGCAUCAACCCCAUGCCCAGCCCCCGGGAUGGGGCCCGUGUGCCCCUCCUCCCUCAGUGAGGGGCACCCAGGGACGUGCCAGGGGGAGGGGGACAAUCCCAGGGAUGGGAAAGGGGUGUCCUGAUGUUUUUGGGGGUACAGAAGCCCCCCCAGGCAGAGUUCAGCCAGAUGGGUGGUCGCCCUUCUGACUGAGCUCUGCCCACUGCCGGGCUGUUGCCUGGAGGAUUUUGGGGUGUUUCCUCUUUGGGGUGAGUUUUGGAGGAUAAAUUGACCAUUUAGUGAUGAAAUGA